AUGGCGUUGCGUGCAAAAGUUUUGCGAAAGAAAGCAGAGAAGUUUGAAUUGAAGAAAUUACAGAGUCCUAUAGUGACAAAGGAACGUGUAUCUGAUCUUGAGCCAAUUCUUCAAGACGUUUAUGACAUUCGGCGCCCAAAGCAGAGUGAUUAUGAAUCUCGAAGAGAUUUAAUCCUAGUGUUUAAUGAAAUUGCAAAGGAAAUAUAUGGAUAUUCAAAAGUGACUCCCGUUGUGGUGGAAUUUGGCUCUUUCUUAAUGGAUCUCUUUAGCCCAACAAGUGAUUUAGAUCUGUCUGUGAAUUUUAGCACUAAUGAGGUUGAAUUUCCACGCGAAAAGAAGAUUCAAACUUUGAGGAAGUUUGCAAAGAAACUAUAUGCUCUACAAUGUAAAGGGCAUGUUUCUGGUGUUCUUCCAAUCACAACUGCCAAGGUGCCUAUUCUCAAAGUUGUUGAUCGCGGAACUGGUGUUGAAUGUGAUAUAUCAGUUGAAAAUAGGGAUGGAAUCUUGAAAUCCCAGAUUAUACACCUUAUCUCCUCAAUCGAUGAAAGGUUUAAAAAGCUAAGCUUCUUGAUGAAAACCUGGGCAAAAGUGCAGAACAUUAACAGUUCAAAAGAUAAAACCUUGAAUUCUCUCUCCAUAAUUCUGUUGGUUGCAUUUCAUUUGCAGAAAAAAAGGGUUCAAGCUCUCUUUGAUAGCCUACUCUCCAAAACUGCUGCAGUUCCUCUUCAUAAAUUCAAUAUAAUAUAUGGUGCUGAUACUGCAACAGUGAAGAAGUCACUACCUAAUUUUAUGAACUACGGAAAAAGUAACAAAGAAUCCUUGGCUGAGCUCUUUGUCACUCUACUGAUCAAGUUAUCUUCUGUCGAAAAUCUGUGGCCCAAAGGUCUCUGUGUGAGCACAUAUGAUGGAUCUUGGACGUCCAAAACAUGGAACUCUAAAGUUGCUUGUAUUAGUGUUGAGGAUUUUAGUGAUCGGUCUCAGAAUGUUGCUAGGGCAGUGGGACAACCGCAAAUAAAACAGAUCUAUGAAUGUAUUAACCUUUCUACCCGGUAUGUCUUGUCCUUCAUGGAUGGCCAGAUUGGAGGAGUCCAAUUGAAGGAAUUUUUGUUCGGCCAUGAUGGCAUCACUACUCUACGUCGAAUAGGUACUUCAAAUUCUCGCCAAAUUGCAUCAUUGCCUAACAUUUCCUCUCAAUCGAACCAGAGGAAAAGAAAUAGAAUCAGGGAACGUAAGGAAGCAGAAAAACAAGCUAUGCCUCUCAAUCCUCUCCCUACAAAGAGAAUAACCUCCAUGCAAGGUUGGGCAGGAACGUCUGUAGGGAGUUGGGGACAAGUCAAGCAAGCUAUGUCAUUUGAGUCUGGUUGGACAGAUAAGACACAGACCACUGAAGGUUGGAGAGAGAGGCCUGAUGAUGUUUGGGGAGACACUGAAUAUGCUAUGCCUUGUGAUCCCAGAAAUUGGCAGCAACCCAUGGAUGGUUGGGGUGGAACUCAGCACUCCAUCACAGGAGGUCAGUGUAGGGUCCAUGCUGAAGGCUGGGGUGGAACUUGGGAGCCCGUUGCAGGAGGUUGGGGUGGGGUUCAUUCUGAAGGCCGGGUAGGAACUCAGCAACCCACUGCAGGAGGUUGGGGUGGAAGGCAAGACAAGUUCCUAUAA